GGCCCCCGGGCCGGCGGAGCAGCAGCGGGAGGGAGCCACAAGGCCAGCGGUGCAAAACGCAUCACAAUGGAGGCGCUGCACCAGGCCGCGGAAAGCCCCUGGCGCCACCAGCCUGCUCCUGCCCCUGCCCUUCGCCGCCGGGCUUUGCUGGGCAAGGGGCUGCCCCUGUGCUGCCACAUGGCAGCCCGGCAGCGCCGCGAGGCCCCGCUCCCUCCGCCCGGCCGCUGUGGGGAGGGAGGAAACGUGUUUGCUCGUGGCUCGGAGAAACGCAGCCAGCCCCGCGCAUUGUCUGCGGCUCCAUAGCAACCCCAGCCCGGCCCGGCCCCGCACCUGUCCCCGGGCUGCCGGGAAGGCCUCCGCCGGGCCGCGCUCCGAGCCAUGCGCCAGAAGCGGCUGACCACCGAACCUCCAGAUAUAACGGAAGAUGUUUUUGAAGAUUAUUUAACAACAGAUGAUAUGCUUGUGGACUACUUUAAUGAAUUCUUGAGUCUUCCAACCUUUGCACAGCCGGUUAAAUUUAAUCCUGAUUUUGGGAUUUUUGAAGUAAUUAAUGACACCCCUCUGCUCCUGGAAAGCCAGCUUAAAAAAAUACUGCAUGCUCAAAAACCUCCAAAUCCCAUUUACAAUGUUACAAGGAAGGCAAAGAAUGUUGGGCAGUUCUCCAAAAAGAGCAGUGCUUCUUCAGCCCCAAAUAUUAACCCAAAUUACAGGAUUAUGUGCCUUGAUCGAGAGCAGGGAAUUCAGUGGAUUAAGAAAGAAAGACUUCCAGCAUUUCUAGAAAGUGAUUGUUACUUUGAAUACAGGUUAGCUAAACUGAUAUCGCAAGUAGAAUGGAGCAGUACUGGUAUUAACUUCAUUAUAGAUACAGCAUAUUAUCCCUGGAUUGUGAAAAGAGAACCAACUCCUCCUCUCCCUGAGGAAGAUGAAGACGAAUUAAUUAUGAGAAAGUUCUAUGUCUCACUUGGCCAGGCUACAGUUACUCAGACGAAGGACUGGUUUGCACUAGCAAAACAAAGCCAGCAUGUAACACCUACAGAUUCAGUUACUUGCCCUUUAGUUUCUUCUCAAAUUCAAGGUGCAGACCACUGGUCUACAAACGACCAGAGAACUGUUUCAUUCACUGAGAACGUUGGCCACCAAGAUUCCGUUUCUGGUCAUGGUGCACACAGCCUUUUUGCUCAGCUGAACAGAACCGACUUACACAGUGAUAGUAGUAGCAGUCUAGGAGCAGAUUCCCUGGGUGAUGAAUAUGUACAAAGGAGUCUCCCCCUCCCUCGGAGGAUGACAGCUGUAAAAGUUAGCAAUGUGAGAGGGAGAUCCACAAAUAAAAAGGAGGAAUCUUCUGUGUCCAUUGCUGAAACGCCUUCUUGUACUCAGUUAAGAGUGUAUCUAGACCAGAAAUGGGAGAGUGAAACAGAGAAAGAAAGUAGUCAGGAAACAGCAAUUUUUCAAACACUGGAAGAGUUUACAUCAGCUUAUAUUCAAUAUAUAGUGAGGGAAUCGGUCUCCAAGCUGACUGGACAACCAGCUGCUAAGAGCAAGAGCGAUGUGAACUUCAGUAAAUUGUCUAAAGUCUUUAUAGAUGAGAUAGCAAAUAAAAAACUUUCUGUUGCUGCCGGAAAACAACUGUCUUCCCAAAUUAUCACUCCAUUCAAAGAGUUGGACCCCAGUGGAGAUGAAAUAGAACAGCGGAGUGAAGAAGUUAGUUUAAGUUCAAGUUCUGAAACUGAUGGCACAGACAUUAGGGCUGCCUGGUGUAUUAGUCACCAAACUUACGAUAUUGGCAACAGAAAUGAAUUUGAAAGAUUCAAGAAGUUCAUUAAAGGAACUUUGGGGGAGAAGUACUGGUGGCUCUGGAUGGACAUUGAAAGACUGAAGGUCCUUAAGGACACCAGAAGGCAGCAAAGACAGCUUGAUAAAAUGAAAAAAAUCUAUCUAGUAGGCAGUGGAGAUUAUUUCCUUAAUUCACAAGUCUUAUUCAGACUGGAUCUACUCCAUGGAGAUCAGUGGAAUAUAAGGCAUUUAAGAGGGAUUCAGCCAGAAGUAGUGAAACCUUUACUUCUUUACUGGGGCCCUAGAUUUUGUGUCACUCAUUCAUCUGAAAUACAAAGUGCUAGUGCAAAGCUGAAGCUGUGGCACAUGUGUCAAGAGAGACCAAGGAUGGAUAUUGAUCCUUUCCCACAAAUGGUGACAUUGUUGCCACUAAGAGCCAAAUCUUGCAUGCCAAGAAUAGCAUCUUCCCAUCCUCAGAGAAGUAAAACCAGCUCACCAACCCCAUUAUUAAAACCUAUGAUGGAUUUAUCUUCCAAGAGACCUAUAAGGUUAUUGUCAGCUACUUUGCCACUGAGCCAUAGCACUGCAAGUGAUGAUUCCAAUACCUCCACUGCUAAAUAUGAUAUUGAUGGAAAGCGGCCAAAAUCGGUUGCUGACAUGAUUCAUGGAUCUGAUUUUACCUAUAAUAGUGAAGCUGUCAAGCUUCCAGGAGAUAGAAAAUAUACAUAUGCUGAGGUGCUUCCAGGUAAAAGACCCACAGAUAGCAUGGUCUUAGGGGGAUUUAAAAUGGAAAGCAUGCUGCAGUCACUUUAUGUGGAGAACAAAGCAGGCUACUUCUUCACACGCUUCUGUGAGAAGUCAGGGAAUAAGCUGUGGAAGAACAGUACGUUCUUUUGGUUUGACCUACAGACUUAUCAUCAACAUUUCUACCAAGAAACCCUUCAUCCCUUUAAAAUAUGCAAGCAAGCUCAAUUUCUUUAUGCUACUUACAUUGCUCCUUCUGCCAGUAUGGACAUUGGACUACAGCAAAAUAAGAAAUAUGAGAUCUAUCAGAAAAUGGAACCACCUUUUGAGGAUCUUUUUGACUCAGCAGAAGAAUAUGUCCUCACUCUUCUGCUGGAACCAUGGAUGAAGAUGGUGGAAGUAGAUAAAUGCAUUUAUGAAGAGGUGGAGCUGGUGGAAGAAACUCGACAGCUGGAUUCAGUGUACUUUAGAAAGUUGCAGGCUUUGCAUCAAGAGAGUGUUUCCAAGAAGGAUGAGGGUGCUGUUCCUGAAGCCAGUCUUUUACCGGGUCCUGACAUUCUCAAAGAAGCGCAGCUUUUGAGCCAAGUCCCUGAUGAACGCACGGGUUCUACCCUUCAUGACCUGCUCCGCAAUAAACUGAAGUUGGAACAGUUCCGCCUCUUCCUUGAAGAACACUUUGCAACUAUGGAUCUUUUGUGCUGGAUAGAUAUUGAACAGUUCAGAAGGAUGCUCCACAAGGAAAAAGAAAAGCGAGAGGAAAAAUCUAAAGACAUUAAAAAUAAGUACUUAAAUAAAAAAUACUUCUUUGGACCCAAUAGUCCAGCUACGAGAGAACAACAAGAGCAGCUAAUGCAGUUAGGUGGAGGCUGGGGACAGAUUCUUCAUGAUCAAGUUUCCUCAUCGGUUCUCCUUGAAAUUCAGAAAUAUGUCCAGAUGAGGCUAGAAAAAAAAUGGCUACCAUUGUUCCUGUCAAAUGAACAAACUGGGACCUACAAAAAAACAAAGAUAAGGGACAUAGUUGAAGAUCUCCUAAUCCAGAGAAAUGAGAAGAGGAAUGGGGCCUGGAAGCAUGUGGACAAUAAGUGGGUUUCUUCAUCUCGGGAAAUAAUUACUUUUCGUAAAGCGCUGUUGAAUCCAGUAACAGCAUUUCAGUUUCAGCGCUUUGUGUCUUUGAAAGGAGACUUACUGGGGAAUGGAGUGCUCUUCUGGCAAGAGGUUCAGAAAUACAAGGACAUGUGCCAUUCUCACUGUGAUGAUGUUACCAUCCAGAAUAAGAUCACAGCUAUCAUCAACUGCUUUAUUAAUUCUGCCAUCCCUCCAGCUCUACAAAUUGACAUUCCAGUUGAGCAAGCUCAAAAGAUUAUAGAGCACAGGAGAGAACUUGGGCCUUAUGUGUUCAGAGAGGCACAGAUGACUAUUUUUGCUCUUCUCUUUAAAUUUUGGCCAAAAUUCUGUGAGUUUCGAAGCAGUUUGGCUGAUGAAAAAAUUUUGCCUGUGUUGGAGAGGAAAAAGGAAAAGAAAGUGGAAAAUGGGAAAAGAAAAUCAGCAGAAGAACGACUCACCAAGACUCAGCAAGGGAAAAAGGUUGUCAGUAUAGCAAGCAGUGUUUCUGGAGAAGAAUGGGGUGUGGGCAGAAGAACACCUUCAUCUGCAUCUACAUCAGCAUCUGCACGGCAGGUUUCCUGGUCUUAUUCCAAGUACAUAGAAGCCCUCGAGCAGGAGCGAGUACUCCUUAAAAUGCAAGAAGAUCUGGAGAGAAAGACAUCAUCAUUUUUCACAGCUGCCUCAUCUAUGUCAUUUAUGAAGCCAAACCGCCAAGCAAGCUCAGAAAAAUCUUCCAUUUCGCCAUCCUCUAGUUUGAUUUUGGAGAAACAGUCAAAUAUUUCCAAAGACACAGAAAGAGGAUUUAAAACCUAUGUGAAGGAUGGAACGCAGAGACAAUGAAUUAUGGUGGCCUUAGGGCGAGUUAGCAGUUGAAGUAAAUCAUGUGCAGCUUGGUUUGCGGUCAGAUUUUCAGAACAUAGAUAAUCCACCUAUAAGGGCCAACAGAUGGUAGAGUCACCGGUCAAAAACACAGGCUCUGUGGCAAUGUGAUGCUGCUGUUGCUAUGGUUUUUUUAAAUUAUGGUAGUGCAUGGUACACACAGGCCCCAAUCAGGGUUGAGCCAACUGUGGUAGGUGCUGUACAACCUGGGUCAACUUGAUCCUUACCCCAUAGCUGUUAUAGUCGCAUUCAGUUCUUCAGGGCUGAGCUAAUAAGUGUUACACUAUCUUAGGCCUAGUCUACAGGACAGUGAACUCCAGCUCUGCCUUCACAACUCUGAAUGUGUCCACGCCUAAAGCUCGUCUGCAGCUGCCAACAGAGUUACUUCUCCUCGGCUAAAUAGAAUAAGGCUUCUGCCAGUUGCCCUGGUCCUUUCCCAGGGUACAUUUUAUGCUGUGGUAGCACAGCUGCUUGGUGUAGCUGGCAAAAACAUCUGUGUGUGCAUGCACUCUGGUACCUUGGCAGUAGUGACUGCUAUCCACAGCCAGACAUUUCUGAGGUAUCAAAACACAAACCCCUAGUACUACUUUGGUCUUGAACUCAAGCCCAUGCCUAAAUCCAGUCUGGAUUCUGAUCUGAAGGACGUUCUGCCCCAUACCAAUUUUGUUUUGGCUGUGGUCUCAAGCAGUGUUUAAAAGGUCCCGAGUAGCAGGCCUGGGAAAUAAUAUUUCUGAAAAGUGAGUGGAAUCCCUGGGCAGAGAAAACUGCAGGAGAAGCCCCCAUGACUGCCCUGCCUGGCCUCAUCCCCCACCCAACCCCAGCCUAGUCCCGGCACUUAAACAAAAAAAACAACAACCCCAAAGUCCUACACUCACCGGCUAUAGCAGGGGCUCUGGGGCCUCCAGGCAGAGCUGCCAUGUGACAGCUGCUGCACAGGUGACAAGCAGAGGGGGCGGUCCCCAUGCUGUGCCACAAGCCCUCAGAGUCCCUGAUCAUCACUGCCAGAGCUGGUGAGUGCAGGGCUUUUUUUUUUUUAAGUGCCAGGACUAGGCUGGGGCCGGGUGAGGGAUGGUGCCAGGCAGGGUAACCAUGGGGGCUUCUCCCUCAGCUCUCCCUGGCCAGACCAAAUCUCUGAGUCAGCACCAGUUCUCCAAUUCUGAUUCGGCCAAAUCAGAUGGGGACAGCAAUUCGAAUCACCGAAUUGAAUCACUGUCCUCUGAAUUGGCCAAAUAUGAAUCAAAUAUUCCCUAUUUGCACAGGCCUACUGGUCAGUAUUACAUCAGGAAUAAUAAUUGGCUAGUAGUAAUUCAUGUACUCACGUCCCUGAACAAAUGGUUCCCUGAGAACACAGGGGACUGGACUUUAGCCACCUUGCAGUUCUACCUUCCCCUGACCAGGGAGUGCAGUAUGGAAUGUCUGCCCUCAUUUUUCCAACUCUUAUUCUGAUGGUUUUAGCCCCAGAUUCCACAGAACUGACCUGUGCUAUUCAGUACUUCAGAAGAGUGCACAUUACACCAUUUGGCAAUUAGCACAGCAUAUGCACUGACACAUGGUUUGCCAGUCAUUCACAGUGUAAGGCAAAGAAGAGCUGUGACAUGCCACUCAAACAGUGGAAUAUCUCAGUCUAGAGCCGGUGUGAUAUGCCUUCUGCUGUUUUGCUGCCUACUAUGAAAUGCUGUAGACUGUUACUCCAUUUCUGUUGUGUUGUAUUCUUGUCUACAUGGUAUUCUGAAACAGUUAAAUAACAUGAAAAUGAUGUUUAUCUUACAUUAGUAGUUUCUUACUUGAGUCAUACUUGGAUUACUUAUUAAGUGAAGAAUAUUAUCCAGUUCUGUGUCACAAAUGAUAAAACUCUACAUGAAUGUAUUCCAGUCUUGCAAAAUGGUUGCAAGAAUUUACCAGCCCACACAAAACUACUUUCAUACUCAAUUACCACAAAGGUAUUGGUGAUAAAAAAGUAAUGCCAUACCUGGCCAUCAGAAAGAUAAAUCUGUUAGCUUCAGGGAGUAAGUUGGGCUUUGCAAAGCUGCCAUAACCUAUUCAUUAGUUAUACAAAUGUGUGAUACUUCUCAGUCCAUUUUGCAGUUGGUACACGUUACUGGUAUGACCUUUUUGUAUGUUACUUUUCAACAAAAAUAGGCCAUAAAGUAGGGAGUAGGAUUUGCCGAGGGGAGGGAAUUGAGGGGUAUGGGCUCUUUCAGUUCUAAAAUUAAUGGUUCUAAGCUUAUCCAGUAGUAAUGGAAAGUUGCUAGCCAGUGUUGGGUUAUGUAUCUGACGGGUUUGUGUCUUCUAGCUGGCAAGUAAUGAUAUUUCCCAGUCUCAAUGGAGAGGCUGAGGACUAAAUAAUAACAAUGAACCCAGUUCCUUUGUUGUAAGAUGUGAUAACGGUAGAUCAGGGGUAAGCAGUGUUUCUUGGCAGGGGGCCAGAAAAUACUCAGUUUAGGUUUGAGACCAGAGCCACUUGGUCCCAGCCACCUGCUGCAUCUCCCGGUCACCCCUUAUGGUGUGCUUCAGGGAGAGUUCCCCCUUUGCAAGAGCCCUGAACACCUGAUUGCGCUGCAGAGUGGCACAGUCCCCUGUUGCCAAGUGCUGCUGAACCCACAGCUUCGCAGGACAGAUCCAAAGGCUCCUUGGCCUGGAUCUGGCCCAUAGGCCAUAGGUUACCACCCCCUGCUCUAGAUCACUCUAGCAAUUGUUAAGAAAGUUGUCCUGCCAUUACCAAUACCUGUUCUUUAGCUAAAUCAUCUGCAGGGCUGCUCUUUUACCACAUCUCAGCACCAAAGGUGCCUGAUAAUUGUUAAAGGAAUAAAAUGUUACACAGGGUAGGUCCAAGACCUCACCCUUUUGCCAAACCACACUUCUUUUCCAUUAUCUUCAACCGUGGCCCUCUUAUGUGAUCCUGUAGAAGAAUUUAGGGUUCUGUGCAGUUUGUGCAGAGUUUAUUGGAACAGCUUAGGGAAAAAAGUCCUGUUAAAGAGCUGCAGCAUUAGAAACUAUUCUGGCCUGAUUCCCAAUUCAUCUUUUUUACUGGUGGUCAAAACAUGGAGUCCAGUUACACUCCAUGAAACAUCUACUUUUCUUGUUUAGCCUCAUGGGAUACAAUGUAUUGGAACUAUUUUGAAAUUUUCUUAGUUGAUUUGUUUCAAUCUGUAAGUAUUUAUCCUAGGUACCUUUUCUAUAUACUGCACGUUUCUCACAUCAUACUUGGCAUUUUUAAUUAAAAUCUUUUGUGUCCUUUGCUUAACAUAGAUGGUUUGUGGUUAAGGGCCCAGUCUUGCAAGUUUCUCCUUGCCUUCAACAGGAUUUUUCACUAAGGAUUUCAGAAGUGUGUCCUGCACAUACUUAUGAUAAUUCAAAUAUGCCUGUGAUGAAGAGCUGAAAUUCUUAGGUUUGAAUUAUGAAUUAAGGCACAGACCCAUACUAGCUCCAUGACAUGCAAGUGGAGUAGACCAUUAUACCCUUAAAAGGCAGGAAAAUGCUUUGCCCCAUGUAGGCAGCAGUGACCAUCACCCUGCCUUCAUCCUAAUUUCUUUAGGGUUGCUAGUCUUUGAGAAGCUACUAGGUAGGAGCAGCAUUAUAGUCCCUGUGCUGUGGGUUGGGUGGUUCAGCUGUAGAGAGCUUGUAUUUUAUAAUCAAAUUUUCAAAUUAGGGUAUGAACCCUAAUGGAGCACUGAGAACAUAGAUCAUAUGAAGAACAUAAAUAUUGAUAUAUAGAUCACAUCCAUCCAUCUAGAUCAGUACCCCAUGGCAGACCUGCCACUGAUUGUAAUAACACUGUCUUCAUCCAAUCCUCUUUUGAACCUGGUUAAAUUAUUAACCUCUACAACAUCUUUUGGCAAUGAGUUCCACAAGGUCAGAGGUGUAGUAAGCUCAUGGAGCACCCAGAGCAGGGUGGGGUUGGGGACAAGAGUAUGUCAACCACUGUUAACUGGGUGGGGGGCCGGGGAGGCAGUGUGUAAAGGGAAAGGAAGGCUUGUGUACCCUAGGCUGCUGCUGCUGUUGUAGCAGCAUCAGCUCCAAUGGCAGCAGCACCAUAGCCAGGCUUCCUGGGGAUCCUGGUGCCCUAUUCACUUCCCUCCGCAAGGUCCAUACAUAUUGGGUAUAUGGCUGUACCCGCUUUGGGAAAGGCUUUUGGGAAGGAAGCACUAUUCUGUUUGUCCCACUUGCUCCCCACACUUACAGAAUGGACACACCAAAUUUCCCUUGUGCCAAAUAUUUUUCUCAGAUGCUGGAGAGGAUCGGGUACAUAUCUACUGGGCUUGUCAGAACAUGUCUGAAUUUUCUAGGUAUGAAUAAGGGGUCCUGUUUGCAUUUUAAAAGACUAAUCAUUCAAACUUUUUGCGUCUCUAAUGCAUAAUUUUAAGUUAGAUUUUAUUCUAUUUUUCUACUGCUGAAUGAAAGGAUACUGUAUUUUUUAAAGUAUCCCCAUUAAAAUAUUGAUAAAGCUGUUGCUUAUUCCAUAUGCUAAUUAUGAAUUUGGUCAGACCAGUGUUCUGAUGAAUUGUGUGUAUUUUUCAUUUUAAUUUUUCAUUUCAUGUAAAAAAAAAAAAAAUGUGGAAAUGCACCAAAUAGAUUUGUGCUUUUAGUUUGGGGUGUUUCUUUUUCCUCUAAAACUGUUACGAACAUAAUCCUUUUGUGCCAUAUGUGUUUGGAGUUCUUUUGUUGGCAAGAGCUUUAAAAAAAGGAAUUAUCUUCUCUUGAACAAAGUACAGUGAUCUUGUCAUUAGGAGGAAAGUUAAAUGAAACAAACGACAGCAAGAAAACAAAUUGAAAAACACAUUGUCAUACUUUGGGAACACACUAGCACGCAAUAGCUUUUAUAGUAUGCAGUGUCUGUCAGUAAGUACAGUUCAUUAAACAAUCGGCUCGCUGAUACUUUUCACUGUUAGCCAAGUUAUUUUUUCCAAUGAUUUGGUAACCAACCGCUAAGACAUAAGUUUUGUAAACCAAAGAUCUUUAUAUAGCAUUCAUGUUUGAACUAAGUAGAUCAUGAAAUAAACCUGGCAUAUUUCUUGGGUAACUUAGAAUUUUGUAGGUUGUGAAAUACAUGCAGUCUUAAAACAAUUUAUAAAAUACAUUUGAGUAACUUGUUCUGUGUCCUAUUUCAGUGUCACUGUCAAUUAGGCUUCAAGUUUGAGGUACAUGAUCUAAUACCUUUUUACUUAAUUUUCUUCCAUGUGUUUGUUUGAAAAUUAGCCUUUUAGUAUCUAAUUAAAGUAUUGACAUUUUGGAGGAUGCAAGCA